UGAUGACAGUGGCUGAACGCUCAGUACGUGAAGCAGUAAUGUCUGCCUUCAUCCUCGGUUUAGACGUGGGAACAACCUCAGUGAAAGCCGUCCUGUUAGAAACUGACUCCAGAUCGGUGGUUGAGAGUCACGCUUUGCCGACUGCGUCUGAUAUCAGCGACAACAACAACGGGAUAAAUGCGAAAGAGCAGGAUCCCGGCCGGAUCGUGGACGCGCUGAACAGAUGUGUCGGCCAGCUGUCCAGAGACAAGCUGCAGCGUGUCAGCAGCAUCGGGCUGUCCGGUCAGAUGCACGGAGUUUUAUUCUGGAAAGCAAAGAGCGGUUGUGAUUGGUUGAACAUGGAAUUCUUCACACCCAGAGACACCAGUCAACUAAUCACCUGGCAGGACGGGCGCUGCAGCAGUCAAUUCCUGUCCUCUCUUCCAAAGCCAGACUCUCAUCUCAGCGUGGCUUCUGGGUUUGGCUGUGCAACAAUCUUCUGGUACACGAGGAACAAGCCGGAGUUCCUUGAGGACUUCACAGUGGCAGGAACCAUCCAGGACUAUGUGACGUCCAUGCUGUGUGGUCUGGAAGAGUGUGUGAUGACACCUCAGAAUGCAGCCAGCUGGGGCUUCUUCAACACCACGUCCAACCAGUGGAACACUAACAUCUUGACGGAAGCCGGCUUCCCUUUGCACCUGCUUCCAAAGUGUGUGCCGUCUGGUGGCUUUGCGGGGAAGACGUGCUCUAACUGGCAUGGUAUCCCUGCUGGUACACCUGUAGCUGUCGCCCUGGGAGACUUCCAGUGCUCUGUCUACUCCUGCAUGAGUGCGAACACAGACGCAGUUCUUAACAUCAGCACCUCUGCUCAGCUGACCUUUGCCAUGCCAGCUGGCUUCAAACCUCCAGACUCUCCUCCGCCCGCCUCCUCCAUCGCCUACUUCCCUCACUUCAACGACUCGUACUUGGCGGUGGCGGCUUCACUGAACGGAGGGAAUGUGAUGGCGACAUUUGUGGGGAUGCUCGGUGCCUGGAUGAAAGAGCUCGGUGCAGAGCUAAGCGAUGUCUGCUUGUAUGAGAAGCUGAUCCACUGCGCCCUGAAUCAGGAAACGAGCGACCUGAGGGUGAGUCCCACAGUCCUGGGAGAGAGACACGACCCGCUUUGCCUCGGCCACGUGACCAACAUCUCCACCGCCAAUCUGUCUCUGGGUCAUGUGACCAGGGCUCUGUGCCGAGGAGUGCUGGACAACAUCACCGCCAUGAUGCCUGCUGAGCGGCUGCAGCAGGCGGCCGUGAGCAGGAUUGUGGGUAGUGGGAGCGCGCUUGCCCGGAACGAGGUGCUGAGACAGGAAGUGGAGAAGGCGUUUCAUCAGCCGGUGGUGUACGGACAAAACGCGGACUCUGCUGUUGGCGUGGCCAUGCUCCUCUGUGACUUACGUUGAACUAGACUUCAAUGUAAACCUGUCACGCUGGAGCGCUGUCUCAGAUUUUGCAGUUUUAAAUGUUCUGAUGAUUUAAAACGUUGAGGACCAAAUGAUUGAAGCUAUAGAAGAAAGAAUAUUUAACAUGAAGGAAUACUUUUACUUUCUGAGCAUGCAGCCGAUCUUCGAUUCAUUCCAGCUCACUGGAUUGUUGAUUUGGACAAAAGAGAGGAGGAGAACUGAUUAAUCUGGUAACAAAGGACCGGUCUCAAGACCACUUUUUGAAGGUCUCAGACUUGACGGACUCCGGACUUUAAAAAGGACAUAUUAUCCCCCUUCUCCACCUCUUCAAACAGUCCCCUGUGGUCUAAUUGCUCUGAUUUUUAUCCCUCGGUGACGGCCGCUACCUUCCAGGUGUUACGGUCUAAGAGAGUGACACGCCCCCUAACCGCAAGAUGAUGAUUUUUCAGAGAUAGUUAUGGUCUUGGUCUUGACUCGGUCUUGAUCACUCUGGUCUCGGGUAUGUCUCGGUCUCUGUCUGAUUGCUCUUGACUCCAACAUACUUCAUCUAUACAGCAUCAUUUCUAAGAAUCAUUUUUUAUUUUUUUAAAUAUUUCAGAGUUAAAAGAUCCUUAAAAUGUCCUUUGAGCUAACUUGAAAAUGUUUCUACAACCAAAUUAUCAAUGUACUGAGUCCAGGACUAAACCUAAUUUUUCCCUGUUUCAGGAGGGAGAGUGUAACGUUUAUGUAUUAUUCUAUGUUUUUAAUCAAUGCUUAAAUAAGGAUGAUUGUUGCUUUUUUUUGCCUUGAUUGAAAGUCUUCCAUCUUGAAGUCGUCUGUAGUAUUCUUCUUUGCAUUUGUCAGUGUGAAUUUAGCUCGAGGAGCUCGUUUUAACACGCAGCCUUUGCAGGUGUUUUCUUGCUUCUGCUGAUGUGAUGCUCUUUUCAUGUUAGUGGUGAGAAAGAAGGAUACGAAACCAAAAUUAAAUGCAAAGAAGCCUUU